UAACAUUCGAGAAUGAUGACCAUUACCAAUUCUCAUAUAGAGAAUGUUGUGUGUGUGAUUAUGUCUUGGCUGAAGAAACUGCUGAGGGUUGGGUCUAAAGUGAGGCUGGUGGGGGUGGACCUCAGGGGGAACCAGUACUAUGAGCAGAUAAGAGCCUUGGAAGGCGGUCGACCGAAGCGUCAUGUGAGGGUGCAUGAGAUGCAGUCACCAGAGGAAUACAGUCAGGAAACAGUGCCUCCCGAGUGGGACAGAUGGCUGAGAGGAAUUGCUGACGAGCCACCAACUCCUGAGGAACAAGAAUUGAGGGUUCAACAAAAGCAAAUACUCCAGUACAAAGUGGAGAACGUUAACAGGAAAGAUUCUGAGCUGAGAAACAAAGAGGUUUCUGAGGGGCUAGUGGCUGAACAGCAUCAGUCAAUCUCAACCAAAGCUGUUGAUCACGCCUCAUCGCCCUCCUAUAAGACUGAUGCCAACGAUAAACCAACCAGUACUGGCAAAGAAUUCAUUCCAGGGUCAUGGAAACCAUAGAUACUAUCAAUAAUUGCAAUCAUGUGUAGUCAGUCCACACACUUGUUUUUGUUAAAACUAUAAUUAUGUCGUUGUGCAAUAAUAAACAAAGAAUAUGUUCGGUGCAUGUAUGGGUUUAUCAAACUUUGUAGUUUAUCUGCAUUCAAUGAUUUGGUAGCCACCCUGCGAUGGUUGG